CAAUCGAUUAUUUUUCAUCGCCAUCAUAGUGUAAUUUGAAGUGAAAACAUAAGAAAAACAUUUCAAAAAAAUUCAUUUCAAGAUUUUUUGAAAUUCAAUUUUAUUUUUCAAAACAUCAUAAAUUAAAGUAUGCAGCAAUUGCCCGUAACCGUUCCUUCGGAUGCAAAUAUGCUUCCUCCUGAGUUGAUGGAAACACCACAACCAGUAAUUGGAUUUGUUGGAUUGGAUUGUAGCCGAAAUCUUGUACACAAGUCAAUUUGGGAUGCAUUUAACACUAAUCGAAAAUUAGAUCGGGCUGCUAUUCAAUUUAAAUUGCUUCCAACUAACUACGAAUUUCCUGUUGUGAAACCGAAACGGCAGUAUGAGUGGUAUCACCCAAAAGGAAUAAUCAAACGCAAUUGGAUUCUAAAGCAUUUACAUGUGCUACCUGCUGUUAUAGCACUUUUUCAAGAUAUGGAGUGGAAUGAUCCCGAUUGGACAGACAAACAAUUUCAGUGUUUAUCUUUAGUACAAAGCAUUAAAAACUCCAUGCAGACGAGGCAUACAAAGAUAGUAAUCGUUUUGUUACAAAAAUCCACAAAUGCCGAUGACGUAUCUUCUAGUGAUCGGUUAUCCACGUUAGCCGCAAAAUGCGACAUAAAUCAGAAAAUGAUAUUUGUGCUUCCAUAUAACGAUAAUCUAAUGGGUUAUACUCUGCGUCUCGAAUCUGCAUUCUUGGACCAUGCUCAAUCGUAUUACUUACAGUCAUCUAAACAGGUGCGAGCUCAUAGAGAUCAAAUUUCUUCACAUUAUGGACUAAAAAUUCGGCAUCAAUUCAAACUUGGAUUCUACUGUGAAAUGCGUCUUGAUUUAAAUAGUGCUUUAAAGCAUUUUAGUCAGGCAUACGAGUGGCUCGAAGAAAUACGUAUUGUUGAUAGUAAUUGCUUAGAAAUAAAAGUUGUGGCAGGAUUCUUAAACUAUAAGAUAACAAAGUUAAUGUUCAACAUUGGCUCGCCAAGAGAUGCGAUUACACAAUUCCGGACACAUAUUGAUAAAUAUCGCAACAGAGUUGGUUACAAAGAUUUAACAUUCGAACAUUUUGCAUGGAUGAGCGUUCAGUAUAGCGCUUUUGCAGAUCUUUUUUGUGAUGCAAUUAAAUGUGGACUUCCAGCCAUUCAGACCCAACAUCCAGGAAUAUAUUAUCACAAAAGUGCAGAAUACAUGAGCAAACGAAAGGAAUCUUUUCAACAAAUUUGUCAAGCGCAAUCACCACUUAUUGAUUUUCUACCAUUGUCCGAACAAAAUGCGUUGAAUUAUUCGAACAUAUUGUAUAGUGAUUUCUUUGGAGUUCGCGGUGGCAAUCGCACAGAACUAGUAAAUGAACAACAAAUUAUCGCCAUUGUUCAGGAAUGUGAGAAAUAUUUUGGUCAUUCGAUUGCACAUAUUACAUUGUUGAGUCAAUCAAUGGCACAAUAUAAGUGUUAUAAGUGUCCAAGAUUUCGAAAGAAAUUAGCAAUUGAAAUGGCCGAAGAAUAUCUUAAAAUGGGCGAUGCAUCAAAAGCCCUGACCCUUUAUAGCCUAAUGCUAUCGGAGUAUCGUACAGAAAAGUGGAAUACAAUAUUCACACAAGUGCUUCUUAAAACUCUUCGUUCGGCAUUACUUUCAACAUCAAUUCCGGAUUUCAUUGCAUGCAGCAUUGAAUCUUUGUCAAAACAUAUAUAUCUGAAACACUCUGACCGCAUUGUGAUAUUAGAAAAUUUAUGGAAAGUUUUUCAAAAAGUUCCACCACUAAUACAAGGUCAAAUUGUCCCUGAAAUACACAUCAAUUGGGAGAAAGCUUUGGAAACAUUCCAUAUAAAAACAUUAUCAUUUGAUUUGGAUAAAAUUACCGAACUGUUUGAUUGUACAGUCAAAUUUGAGAAGAAUCAAAUUCAUCACGAUGAUAUAGCACGCGUCAAUCUUUUCAUUAGGUCGAUGUCCGACGUCCCAAUAAAAGUUCAUGAGUUUGUCAUCAUCAUAUCAGAUACAAAAUCGGCACAGAAAAUUGUUGCACAUCAGUGGACUGAAAUCAACAAUAUAGAAACAGAAAACCUGGAGCUUAAUAAAAAUUGUGAUUUAAUCAUUCAACCAGAAAAACAAUACAAAAUCGGAUUCUCUGGGGAACGCUAUCAAUUUAUGGAGAAUUCCGAAUUACGAGUCAUUCGUUUGGAAAUCAAAAUAGGAACACCAGAUAACUUUGUGACACUUCUACAAAGCCUACCGUCACAACAUAAGAGUGACUUUAAGAUGUACAAUCGAACUAAUGAAAAAUUAAAUAUCUCAAAUGAAAGCGAAACCUGUUAUAUAAUUCCAUUAUUUCAUUUGAAAACGGAAUCAUUGUUGAGUCACGAUACUAUGUUAACAAAUGAAUGGUUUGCUGUAACAAUUCGAAUUGAAAAUGUGUUCGAUAUGUUGGUCGAAAAUGUAAGUUUGGUCAUUACGGUUCCGGUUAAUAUUCAAAAUAAAGUUUUCAUUGCGUCUGAUCUAACAGCAUCCAGGCAAAAGUUGUUGUCACGAUUUGAGUUGAAUAUUGGAGACAUGGCUCCCAAAUCGCUAAAAAUUAUAAAUAUCAAUGUUAUUAGUUUAAUUGAAGGAACGUUAGAGCUACAAAAAACGGUCCGUUAUCAAAUUACAAAUGAUCGAUCGGGUUUCCCCAAAAAAGCAUUUGACGAGAAUCCAAUUCCAUUUGAGAAAUCCAUUCAAACAACAUUCAAGUCAAUGCCCAGUGUAACAUUGGACUAUAUUGAAGAUGCGAUUAUGAAAUCAAAAAAAGACACUAUCAGCAUUCCAUGUGAAGCAGAGUUUGUCUUUAUUGGACAGUUCUUCACUCUAAACAAAGAACCACUCAGAAAAGCCGUGAAAAAUGAAGAAUUUUUAUUUCAGAUUGAACUGGAAAUAAAAAAUCAGCACAUCGAUAUUUUGGAUAUGUUUCUGAUAAGUGACUUCAAUGUAACAGAAAAACCGUAUGUUAAAUCGCACCGGAAAAUUGAUAAAUCAUACUCUCGAGGAGAAAAGGUCUACGAUGUAUUAUUGUUACGGGCUGAACAAACGACACUUGAAUGGGUAUACCAACCCUUUGUAAAAUCGCCACAAAAAAAUAAUGUUUUUACAAAAGUCUCUUCAUUUGUUGAAAAUCACAAGCCAUUUGCGAACACACAAAACAAUGAAAAUCUGGAAAAUGAUUCAAAUAAAGUUAUAGAACAUAUACUAGAACCAAAAACAAUGUACAAUCAUACGAUUGACGCAUUCAAUAUGGUGGAGAAUCGAAAAGGUUUUCUGAAUGCACACACUUUACAUAGUUCAACAUCAGUUAAUGUUAAAAACCAAAUUAUUGGAGUCUAUUGUAUACGUUGGAGACGUACUGGAGAAGUAAACGAAAAUGAGACUAAAUUGAUUGUUAAUUGUAUUGAAAUUGUCGAAGCACCUUUAAAUAUAUACUGUUAUUUGGAUGAAAAAAUGUACGUCAAAGUACCAAUGACACUCUUGAUAACGCUAAAGAACACAUCCAAUUCAACACUACAUUUAAAAAGUUUUUUAAAAAACGCGGACAAUUUCAUGUUUGCAGGACACUCUCAGUUCAAUGUUUCUCUGUUUGCACAAUCAACUUUCAAUUUGGAAUUUAAUUUGUAUCCACUUAAAGCUGGUUGGCAAAAUUUACCAGAGUUCAUAAUUACAUUUAAUACCAAUGAAGAAAUCCGCGAUCAACAAAAUAAUAAUUUCGAGCUUCAAAAUCUGGUUGAGCGAUGGAUUCCUAAAAAAGUUUUCAUAUUGCCAAUGGUGAAACAAGCUUAAAUUCUUGAGGGAUGUUGAAAUAAAUGCAAAAAUAUAUAAUGUUAUUAUGACUUAAUCAUUUAUUAUUAUAUUAUGUGUAAGUUGUGCGAAAUAAAUGCAAAAUUAUUUA